AGUGCGCAGGAGGGGGUGUUGGUGGUGGCGGUGGUGGAGAGAGAGACGGGAUAUAGGACGGGCAUCACACGGAGGCUUGGCUGCAGACUCGCCGGGAUCCCGCUCGCCGCCUCGCCCUCUCCAGACGCGUCAGAGAGUUGUUUGACAUUACAACAGAAGAAAAGAAAAGUAAAGGCGACUGGACCAACGAGAUAUCUUCAAGUUUGGUGGUUACAUGCUUGGUAUUCUUUGACUUUGAGGAAAAACUACUCUACCAAGCAGCAGAAACCAUGGAUUUUGUAAUGAAGCAAGCACUGGGUGGGGCCACCAAGGACAUGGGUAAGAUGCUCGGUGGGGAGGAAGAGAAGGAUCCGGAUGCAGCGAAGAAAGAAGAGGAGCGACAGGAGGCGCUGAGGCAACAGGAGGAGGAGAGAAAGGCCAAACAUGCCCGAAUGGAGGCAGAGAGGGAAAAAGUACGACAGACCAUCAGGGACAAGUACGGCUUGAAAAAGAAGGAGGAAAAGGAGGCAGAGGAGAAAGCAGCCAUGGAGCAGGCAUGUGAGGGAUCACUGACACGCCCGAAGAAGGCGAUCCCGAGAGGCUGCGGAGACGACGAAGAGGAUGAGGAGAGCAUCCUUGACACUGUCCUUAAGUACCUUCCCGGACCUCUGCAGGACAUGUUCAAGAAGUAAAACAGAAACACAAAGCGAAUCAAACGAACCCUAAAUUUAGGGUCCGUUCUGGUCUGUGGCCAGGCUGCAGGGCAACGGGGAAGCAGGGAUCUUUGUGUCGGGGACUUUGGGUCAAGAUUAUAUGUCAAAUGGCUUUGAUUGUAGAUGUUUGAGUUUCAAAAUUCGCCAGGAGCAAAAAGGAUCUAGGAGGGGGCGGGGGUUUCUCAAACUUUUAGAGGCUGCACACUGCCUUUAUAGAGACCUUUUACUUCUUUCUUUUCUACUCUUCAAAGAUUUCAUUAUUUGAAUUUUUGGGGUUUCCCUGCAUUAUCCUUUCAACUGCCAGAUAGUGCAUGUUCUAUCCUUUUCUUACUUUUAUUGUGUGUUGAUAUAGAUUGAAGCGUUUGUCACAUUCCUUUAAUGGAGAACAACAUUCCACAGUGCACACAUUUUCAAAGAGCACUGCCACCACGUUUUCCAGUAAGCUUCAGUCACCAUAGUGGGCGUUUUCUACUUUUACAAGCCUAAAGAAGGCCUUUCAAUGACAUUUGCUACAUUAGAAACGUUUUUAGGACAUGUGCCUUCAUAUCAUCUCCUCUUACAGAGGAAGUCGUAAGUGAGGGAUUAAUUUGUGAGUCAAUGUAGUUGUUAAAAAAACAGUUUUUGGAAUGAUCUAUUUUGUGUUAAAAUAGCACUAUUUUUCGCACAAAGGUGUUCAGAAAAUCCUUCUAGAGGCCGUUUUGUUUUACAAAUAAAAUGCCAACAGCUUAUUAGACUGCCAUCAAGUAAAAUAAAAAAAUGUUAAGCAGGCUGAAAACUAGAAAAUUUUAUAUUCAAGCAGAUCUUCCAUAACCCUUUGAAUGAUUUUAUUUUUGCUUGUGUAAACAGAUGGAAAAAACAUAUAAACAAAGUUAGCAGUCUUAUUCACUUAGACAAUCAAACAACUCAACCCUGAAAAGCUUGGGAGUAUCUCCUUACUCCUAUUAUGGAUGGUUGAUAAGUAUUUGUUCAUUUAGAUCACAAACUCAUAUUUAAUUUUAUCUUUUCAUUAUUAUAUUUCAAUGGAUAUUACUUAUCAGGCAAUGACUGAGAGUACUGUUUCUUUUAUUUUGUUAACGUGCUGCAAAAAUUUAUUUCAGUGCAACCAAGAUUGUUAUUUUUCGAUGUUCACCUCAAGUGAAGCUCAUCGACAUCAAGACCAAAGAAAUCCUGGUGAGAUCUCUCUGUUUCUUUCGUCGCCACCAGUUUGCUUGCUGGUGGAAAACUCUGCCGUACUGCAUAGAAAACAAAAGUUUAGGCCAAGCCGGAGAGGAAACGGGUGUGUGACCUGUUGCAUCUCACUGCCUGAAGAGCUGAUAGUACUUCACUUUCCUGCAUCUUUUAGUCCAACUAAAAUAUUAUAAAUAAAAAACUAUAGUGAUUCGUCACGUCGUAUUUGAGUAGAUGUACUGUGAUUCAGCAACAAUCUCUAGUGAAAGUACUUGAAUAUAUGGACGUUCUUGGGUAAAAACAAAGCAUGUCGGUCAUUCCUAAACAACCUGAUGGCGAGUCAGUGGUUAGUUAUGCAGCGUGUGUGAUUAAUACAUUGUUUCAAUGUAAAUAAAUUUAGAGAUUAAUAGGACUGAUGAUGAAGCUGCACACUGUUAAACCUGUUCCUUUAUUUUACUCAUUUUCUAGCUCAGAUAGGACUUUUCACUAGACAAAGCCAUAUUGUUUAGACUGCAAUAAUUACUUAAAAUGAUUUUAAAAAACAGUAUAUUUCAACAUUGAAGCUGUCUGAUGUUUGUUUUCUGUUAUAAAAUUAGGCAAAAUGUUUCUGUUUGUAAAUCUUCACCACUAUCUUGUCUACUUUAUGUAUACGCAAGAAAAAUAUACAGAAAAAAGAAUCCAUUGUUAGAAGUGUCUGUGUGUAUUAUAUGUGAACUGUAAGUGUGUGCGUGUUUAUAUGUGUGUCUUUCUACAUGUCUGUGAUGUGUGUUGUUGAUUCACAUAGUCCUUGUUUAAAACUGUAAAUGUGUCUUUGAGCUAUAAUGUGCAGAGGAAGAAGCUGAUUUUGUCUCCUAGUUGUGCCAUGCCUGAAGAAAAAAAAAAAAAGAUUCUCAACACAUUCCUUUUAGAUAUUGAGCAUGCAAGUGUUUGGUAGAGACAAGAAUAAACCGAAUGUCACACACAAAGAAAUAUAUGUGUUUAAUGAUGAACUGCUGUUUCUGUAGGAGUCUCCAGGCAACAGAAUCUGUGCAUUGGAUCCAGAAAAUCAGCUCUAUCUGGGGCUUGAGGAGUCUUUCAUGUUUUUUGCUUUCUGAGUUAAAUAAGUGGAGGCUUCAUAGUUUGUAUUUUUUGGACGUGACGCAAAUAUAAAGGCAUUGAGAGCAGGAAAUAAUUCAUGUGAUUUCCAAAAACACUGCCCCUUUUUGCUCCCUAAUUUGAAAAAAAAAAAAAGAAAGAAAGAUAAAAACAUAACAAAGAGGGUUUUCCCACCAAACCAUUUCCACUGCGAAACUGGUGCAAGUCCUUCCUUAAGCACCAAUUCUUGCCUUUUCUCCUCCCACAAUUUGGGCUGUGGCCCUAAUAAACUGGUGCUUUCUUGUCUUAAAUAUAGAACUGGAGGAUGUGGAAAGGUUUGAGACCAACAAACAAGCACAAUCUAAUGAGCACCAUUUUCAAAACUUGUCUAAUUUAGGACCAAAGCACAAACUUAUAAUUAACAAUGUGGGUUAGGAUUGGAAUCACUAGGUGUCUCUUAUCUUCCAGCCUUUUAAAUUUAAAUCCAAAAUUAUUCAUAACCCUGGCAGAUUUAAAAUUCCAGUCAUAUUCGUCCAACUAAGAAGUCUGUUUCUGAUAAGAAAUGAGAUGGGCAUCUUUUUAAAAAUAACAAAAAAAAUUUAAAAGGGUAUAAGUUAACAAAAUAAUUUAUUAACAAUAAAUUAUAAUUGCUGACCAGCAGUUUGUAUAUUUCCUCUGGUCUUUGAGGUCCAGGUUUAUGAAGUUGAAACGCCUCUUUACCAUCACCCUAAUCUUGAGUUCCCUUCACAGAUUCUCAGGCUGGACUGACCAGAAUAGUGUCCCAGGAUUUUCCAAAUGUUCUCUAGCGAACUUUAAACUUGAUUAAUACUUUUUUCUUCAGCAGUGGAGUCUUGUGCAGUCAAAGUACAAAAAAGUCAUAGUAAAUGAGUGCUGUAUCGUUGUUUUGAUGGAAAAUUACACCUACUGUUUUUUCUAAAACUCUCAUCAAAUGUUAAUGGGCUGUUUUGACUCCUCUGUUAAACAUGUGUUUAACGCUUUUGUUUUAUUUAAUGCAUCCCACUUUCACUGGCUGAUGUGAGGAUAAUCCCCUGCAUCAAUUACUUCCAAGCAAAGAUUCCUUAAAUAUCUUGUGCUUCAAAGGACAGGCCCCUCUCACUGGCUGUACUUGGAAAACCUUUAAUACACCUACACAUGGUAGGUAGGAAAAAGAGAUUUGAUUACCAUUUGUCAUUGGCCCUUUGUGGAAACAACAGCCAUACAUUGUCUGUAUGUCACAUAGUGUCUCAGCGGGACUCGUCUCAAGGCGUCACGGCAUGUGAACCGUCUUUGAAAAGGGCUAUUUCCACGUUGUUAAUGUGAGGUUAGUGUGGCAUUUCUGUUGCAUCUGUGCUUGUCCUCAACUCAUCCUACUAUAUAAGAUACAGAAAAACCAAUGAGUAGUUUUAAUGCAUUUUUUUUUUAUGGUUAGAAAAAAAGACAAUAUAGGAAACAUUUGUGUUUUUUAGUAGGACAGAAACGUAUUUAGGAGUGUAAGAGAUAAAAGGUUCUCACAGGACAGGAAACGAAGCCCAGAUACAUCAGCUCCCUCUUGAUGUUCCUCUUUAACAUUCUAAAUGUUGAUGUGAUGAUUAGCGGGAAAAGCAUAAACAAAAAGACUGGAUUGUCAAAGCAUGUUCUGUUGUCAGGAGCCCCAGAAACGAAUAUUUCAAAACAUCAGUUCAUCCUCAGCUAUAGUCAAAAGCAGCUAAAUCAAUGAACAUUUUUUGUAGAGUGAAGCAAAAUCUUUGAAUAAGGUUUCGCUUUUGUGGAAGAUGUCACAAAAUUUGUCUCAUUUCUAACAUUUUGAUAUGAACUUACUGCCCUGCUGUAUCCUGCCGGUAAAUGAUGAAAGAGCUCAGUCAUUGUCAUGUUUACGCUCCCUGUAAGGACAGGAGACAUUCUGAUAAACACUUGAGCAACUUUGAACACAUUACAGUCUUUGUUGGCAUUUGCACUAGAAUAUGUUAAUAUUGUUACACUGACUGAUUUAUCUGCAAACCACUCUUGCUUUUAGAGUGCAAAUGAAGACCGCGAAAAAGAGAUGAAGUGAGAAGGCUUUUUAAAACUUUAAACUGGUGAUGUGUGUCCAAUUCAAAAUGCUUAAACAUAAAUCCCUGAAUGUUGUUGCUUUGGACUUUCUUUUCAAUUCUUUAUUUGUAAUUCAGGGUGAAAAUUAUUCCAGGGUGAAGAAUGUAAAAUAAGAAUAUACUGUGUUUUUUUUAUUUUAUUUAUUUAUUUUAAAUGCAUGUCAUGUACUCAGUGUAGAGCCCAAUCACUGUAAACUGCAUCAUCAAUGUAACUGAAUCAUUCUUUUUUGGAAACUAAAUGCAUUAAACAAAUAAAAGACAAGAAGGUUUAUAAAAAUCUAA